CCCGUAACCCGUUCGCCGGACAGCGAUCAUCCUGGAGACAUAGGUUAGACGAAGAGGCCACCAGGGACGCGAAUCAAACCGGCGAGAAACUCUUAGAGGAACCUAUCGAGGAACCUGUGCUGAAAUUCCUGGAGCCCAGUACGCCGUCGAGCAAUGAUCACUUGAAAGACUUAUUCGACCUGGCAAAGACAUUCAAUGAAGCGGUGACGUCCCGGGCCGCUGAAACUGGAACAAAGGCCUCUCGCAGUCGCCGUGCAGAAGAACCAGAGCCCUCCGCAUUUGGACUGAACCGCAACGAGCUGUCUAGCGAGGGAUACCGGCAUAUCGCCCGACGUUCCGCCUCCGUACGGAUAACCAACGCCCCUGAGAACAUGACUGAGCGCGAUAUCACAAAUAUGUGUUCUCCCUACGGGAAAGUAGACGAUGUCCGGAUAGGUGCGUGCCAUGCAACGCACACGCUCCGAGAUUAUCUGAUUUUCGUAGUGCAUACCAGCGUCGGCAGGGUUGCAGCCGUGACGUACAGCUCUGCGGAUGAGGCGGAAACGCUUGUUGAUCUACAUGAGAAGACUCCUCUCAUGUUCGACGACGUCGAGCUCGAGGUAAAAUUCGGCUCUGUCACACGUCAGAAAGCCUCGUCAAGAACGCUGUUCGUUUCUGAUGUCGGAGCUGACAUGGAAGACACAAGGCAGUUUCUGCGCGAUCUUUUCUCUCCGUUCGGGAAGAUAGUCGGCGUGAGACGAGCAAAGGAAACGGCGGCGUGGUUCGUCGAUUUCACAUCGGUGAAAGAUGCGGCGAAAGUCAUGGACGCGCAUGAAGCAGUACCUUUCCGCAACGGAAAAUUGCUACUCUACCUAAAUUACGAGCAGGGGAGCCCUAAGUUCGAACAGCCGCAUCAUUCGCUCUGUAUCACUGGGUUUAAUGGUACCAUUACGGAGCUUGAGCAGUUCGUGCCGCAGCGCGACGGCGGCAACCAUGUCGUCAACAUCACAUGUGUUCCCGACAGCGCAGGCCUGAAGCCACCGCUCUUCUUCAUCGAGUUCGAGGCCGUUGAGUAUGCUACCCAAGCAUUGGCGCACUUACGUCAGUCCCCGGAAGUGAGCUUCUCCGCGAAGUACGCGGGACGGCCAAAUGACCAGAGGGUCAGUGCGCCGCGAAGCUUGUUUUCCCGGUCGUCAGAAGAGUUUGGCAGGUCGCGUAGUAGUGACACAUUGCGAAGGACCCGAAAAUGGUCGAACUCGCGUCCAGCGUAGAGUAAUGUGACUAUCAUAUUAUGAACGGCGUAGAUUACGUGAAUAUAUUCACCGCUCGACAUGAUCGAGCUCGAAAGAAAGAUAGGGAAUUGAGUGGUUCUCCAGCCCGUGAUAGUAAGCGUUGAGCAGCUACAACGAUGUACGCGAAGCCAGCAUCGUCGGUCUGCGGCGUGGCCGGGAGUCUCGGUGUGUCCGUGUCAGAUGCCAUUUUUAGGCCGUGCACAGGGUAGGCUAUUUCAGCCUAAACGGUGUCUUCAGCGUGGUCAGACUCCCAGAUAAUCUUUCUGAACACCUGGCCGUGCUCUCGCCCAUCCAGCGAUGGGGCGAAGUUUACUCGCACUUUGCGUCCUCGCACCACCAUCGGACGCAGUGCAUGCGUUUCGAGACACAAGAUCGCCUCUACAGUCGUCGCAAACUCGACAUAAUAGUUGGUGUCGAUGCCUACGUAG